AUGGCCGCACAAAUUCGGAAAAGGGCACUGCGAUAUGCAUUUGUCAACGGCACGUUGUACCGACGGGCUUUUGACCAAAUGUGGCUAAGAUUUGGUGUACCGCGCCGUGUGAUCUCAGACAACGGCACAACAUUCAAAAGCACUAAAAUAUACAAGUUCAUUGAGCUUCACAAGAUCGAUUGGCGAUACUCAUCAAUAUACAAUCCAAAGGCCAAUGGCUUGGCAGAGGCUUUUAACAAGACGCUGGUAAAACUGUUAAAGAAGAUCCUCACCAAAAAUAAAAGAGAGUGGCACACUAAAAUGGUGGAGGCACUCUGGGUGUAUCGUACUACUUAUAAGAUGCCGACUAAAGCCACUCCCUACUCACUGGUGUUUGUGGUUGAAGCUGUAUUGCCAUUGGAAAUUGAGCUACCAUCACUUCGUGUAGCUAUCCAGUAUGAUCUGACUCAGGAGCAAAAUGCUCGAUUAAGAACGGAGGAACUCGAUGCACUCGAUGAAGUCAGACUACAAGCUCAAUAG